CACUCACACUCACACAGAAACAGAGCCAGGAUGAAGCUGCUGCUGGUUGUUGCUGCUGUGCUGGCUGUGGCCGGCGCCGCCAGCUUCUCCAUGGAGGACCUGGAGUUCUACGCCUGGAAACUCAAGUUUGGAAAGACCUACAGCUCUCCGUCAGAGGAAGCCCAGCGCAAGCAGACCUGGCUCAACAACCGUAAGCUGGUGCUGGUCCACAACAUCAUGGCCGAUCAGGGCAUCAAGUCUUACCGCCUCGGCAUGACAUACUUCGCUGACAUGGAAAAUGAGGAGUACAAGCGCCUGAUCUCCAGAGGCUGUCUGGGCUCCUUCAACGCGUCUCUGCCACGCCAUGGCUCUACUUUCCUGGGACUGGCCGGAGUCUUUGACCUGCCUAACACUGUCAACUGGACGGAGAAGGGGUACGUCACUGAUGUCAAGGAUCAGAAGGACUGCGGCUCCUGCUGGGCCUUCAGCGCAACCGGUGCACUGGAGGGUCAGACCUUCAAGAAGACGGGGAAGCUGGUGUCUCUGAGCGAGCAGCAGCUGGUGGACUGCUCCGGAAGCUAUGGCAACAUGGGCUGCAGUGGAGGCCUGAUGGACCAGGCCUUCAAGUACGUCAUCGCCAACGGAGGCCUGGACACAGAGGAGUCCUACCCCUACGAGGCUCAGGAUGGAGAUUGUCGUUACAACCCCGCCACCAUUGGCGCCACGUGCACCGGCUACACAGAUAUUGUGCCAUCCGGUGACGAGAACGCCCUGCAGACGGCUGUGGCCACCGUGGGACCUGUGUCGGUGGCUAUUGACGCUUCCCAUUCAUCCUUCCAGCUUUAUACAUCAGGAGUGUAUGAUGAGGAGGACUGCAGCAGCUCCGACCUGGACCAUGGUGUGUUGGCUGUGGGUUACGGCUCUGACAACGGAAAGGACUAUUGGCUGGUCAAGAACAGCUGGGGUGUAGGAUGGGGAGACCAUGGCUACAUCAGGAUGAGCAGGAACAAGCACAACCAGUGUGGCAUUGCGACUGCAGCCAGCUUCCCUCUGGUCUGAACAGGUCCAGAGAGACGCUCAGAGACGGCAACACUCCCACAUAAUUUACUGUAAUUCGUGAAGAAACUGAGAAAAACCUCCUCGCAG